AUGACAGGAAGUUGGAAAACUGAGUCUGCCAUCUCUGAUGCCUGUCUGAUGGAGUCUGUGUCUUGGCAAAUACCCCUGCUGGAAGAGGAGCCCCAUACAGCAAGUGAGUCUCCAUCUACACCCUCACCUCACCCACCCAAGUACUGGACAGAUGCUUCAACUACACUGCAGCAGGUGGGGCCCCAACCGCCAGGGCUCCGGAGCAACUGCCCCAUUUGCCCCAUUGUUAGGCUCAGUGUAAAGGAGUGUGAAUAUCUGUAUAUGAUAAACCAAAAUCUCCUGUUUCUCAAAUGUCUUGUCCUUUCCGUUUCAGUCUGUGGAAACAGACCCCUAGUGCAGGAUUUCCGUGGCUCCCGCGUGGUUGGGGGAAAGGAUGCGGAGCCCGGUAACUGGCCCUGGACAGUGAGUAUCCAGGAGGAAAUCGACAAAGAGUAUUUUCAUUUAUGCGGAGGUGUCGUCCUGAAUCCUUCAUGGGUUCUGACAGCUGCCCAUUGUUUUAAGGAUAUCGGCAAUGAAUAUUUUUCCUGGAGACUUGUGUUUGGCGCCAACCAACUAUCACAGAUGGGGACAAAGGUUCAGAUCCGUACCAUAACAGAAAAGAUUCAGCAUGAGAAAUAUGAUCCUGAAACGGAGAGCAACGACAUUGCUUUGCUUAAGCUGAACAAGCCCAUCAUAUUUGACGACUACACUCAGCCAGCGUGUCUCCCUGCCAAACAGGCGAUUCUGAGUAAAAUGGAAGACUGCUACAUCGCAGGCUGGGGUGUCAUUGAGGAAGGAUCUACUGAAGCAUCAGACAUCCUCCAGGAAGCUCCUGUGAACCUGAUUCCAGUGGAACGCUGCAACAGCCCAACCUGGUAUAACGGAGCUUUGGGUAACUACAACCUCUGUGCUGGAUAUGAACAGGGAGGCAUCGAUAGCUGCCAGGGUGACAGUGGUGGACCGUUGAUGUGCAAAAGACACAAAACUAAGUUUUACACUGUGGUUGGCAUAACCAGCUGGGGCUCCGGCUGUGGCCAGAAGCAAAACCCUGGCAUCUACACCUCGACCCAGUUCUACCUCGAGUGGAUCUUUAAACACCUCAACGACGAGAAGAAACCUGCAUCAAAAUCUCUGAAGAUGAAGGCCGCUAAAAAAAUCUGGCCAAAAUUAGCCGAAAAACUCGGCAAAGCUGGCAAGAAGACCAAUUAAUUUUAGGGUGCUCCAGAAAUAGAAGAAUCCAUCAAAUCUGGGCCAUCUCCUCUACAAGAGAGAAUAACAUGUCAGCGAUGAGUAGACUUGAUUGUGUUA